GUGGUGACCUGCACCGCGCCGGUCAACAUCGCGGUCAUCAAGUACUAGGGGCCACAGUUUGCUUGGCCAUGUGCCCUUUCAAGGCAGCUGGGCUGUUUCCAGUUUGGGUCAAUUAUGAAGAAAGCUGCCGUAUACUUUUCUGUACAGGUUUUUGUGUGAACAUAAGUUUUCGUUCUUCUGGAUAAUGGCCCGGAGUACAGUUGCUGGGCCAUAGGGUGGUUGCAUGUUUGGUUUUUUAAAGAAACAAACUUUUCCUGCGUGGCUGUACCAUUUUUCAUCCCUACCAACAACAUAUAAUGUGUGAUCCAUCUUUUCCGCAUGCCGUGUUGUCACCAGCUGUUAUUUUAGCCAUUCUGAUGGGUGUGUGGUGACAUCUCACUCUGGCUUUAGUUUGUGUUCUCCUGCCGCUCAGUGAUGUUGAACAGCUUUCCCAGUGCUCAUUUGCCCUCUGAGAGCCUUAUGGGAAAUGUCUCUUUAGGACUUUCGUCCACAUUCUAACUGAAUUGUCUGCUUUUUACCGUUGAGUUUUGAAAGUUCGCUUUGUAUUUUAGAUACUCAUUCUUGCUGGAUGUGUGGUUUGCAGAUAUUUUCUCCCACCGUGUAGUUUCUCUCUCCAUCCUCCUAACAGGGUCUUUCAGAGGGCUGAAGUUGUUAAAAGGGCCCAGUGGGUCAUCUUCUCCAUCCUUGGUACCAGGUCAGAGACGUCUUUCCUAGUCCUACGUCCUGAAGAGUGUUUAUGUUUUUUCCUAAAAGUUUUAGGGUUUUACGUUUUAAAUCUAAGUCUGUGAUUCAUUCUGAGUGAUUUUUUUUUGUCCAAGGUCUGAGAUGUGGGGCUCAGCUCUGCUCAGUGGUGGAUGUCCAGUGACCCAGCAGUGUUUUCAGAAGAGGCUGAGCCUCCUCCAAGGAACUGCUUUUGCACUUUUGUCAGAAACAAGUUGGGCGUGUUUAUGGGGGAUCCUUCUGGACUUUCCUGUAUUACCUACCAGGAUUCAUCUUUCUUGUGUCCCGUAACUGUCUGCCACCCCCAAAGACCCUGCACAAAAGUGCAGCAUCUGUGCCUAACAAUGGAUUUGAAAUUUUGGACUUUCUGGAAGGUUUCCUGUGUUUGCUGUGAUAUGACAGGAGUGGAAGUGCUCAGCGGAAGUGGGGGGAAUGCUGUCUCCAGGGGGUACAAACAGGGAGAUUUGAAGAGUUUUCAGUAACUGGGGCUCCUUCUGUUUGGGAGGAAAAGAUGGUGGCAGUAAAUCCCCAGCCAAGGAAUGCUGUGCGUCCCAUCACCCGCUUUAAAAACCACCACAACGGCCGCCAUCAGCAGGGACUUCACAGAGGACCGGAUUUGGCUGAACGGCCGGGAGGAGGACGCGGGGCAGCCGCGGCUCCAGGCCUGCCUGAGGGAGAUCCGUCGCCUGGCCCGCAAGAGGAGAAGUGACGGCCAUGAGGACCCGCUGCCCCUCAGCCUCAGCUACAAGGUGCACGUGGCCUCGGUGAACAACUUCCCCACGGCUGCAGGCCUGGCCUCCUCAGCGGCAGGCUACGCCUGCCUAGCCUACGCCCUGGCCCGGGUCUACGGCGUGGAGAGCGACCUGUCGGAAGUGGCCCGCAGGGGCUCGGGCAGCGCCUGCCGCAGCCUGUACGGCGGCUUCGUGGAGUGGCAGAUGGGGGAGCGGGCCGACGGGAAGGACAGCAUCGCCCGUCAGGUGGCCCCCGAGUCCCACUGGCCGGAACUCCGUGUCCUCAUCCUCGUGGUGAGCACCGAGAGGAAGCCGACGGGCAGCACGGCGGGCAUGCAGACCAGCGUGGAGACCAGCGCCCUGCUCAGGUUCCGGGCCGAGGCGCUGGUGCCGGCGCGCAUGGCCGAGAUGACCCGCUGCGUCAGGGAGCGCGACUUCCAGGCCUUCGGCCAGCUGACCAUGAAGGACAGCAACCAGUUCCACGCCACCUGCCUGGACACCUUCCCGCCCAUCUCCUACCUCAGCGACACGUCCCGGCGCGUCAUCCACCUGGUGCACCGCUUCAACGCGCACCACAGGCGGACCAAGGCGGCGUACACGUUUGACGCGGGCGCCAACGCUGUGAUCUUCACCCUGGACGACGCUGUGGCCGAGUUUGUGGCUGCCGUGAGGCACAGCUUCCCCCCCGAGUUGAACGGAGACAAGUUUCUGAAGGGGCUGCCCGUGGAGCCUGUCCUGCUCUCGGAUGAGCUUAAGGCCGCGCUGGGUGCGGACCGCACCCCCGGCGGCAUCAAAUACAUCAUCGCCACUCGGGUGGGACCCGGGCCUCAAGUCCUGGAUGACCCUGGCGCUCACCUCCUGGGUCCCGAUGGUCUGCCGAAGGCAGCCGCCUGACCGCCUCCUCGACGGAGCCCUGGCCGCCGCUGGGAGAAGGGGCCGCUUUGCUGGGACCGGGAACCGGGCGUGGCGGCUGCCCUGGCGCGCUUGUUGGGAUUGGUGGGUGGCCGCCUGGCUCCGGGCCGGGCGGCGUGCUGUGGCCCAGUUGGACAGUGGAGUGACGCCUGCAGGUGCCCGGACGGUCAGGAGCAGGGUCCCCCAGGUGCCUCACCUUUCCCCGACCUGCACCCAGCACCUUGCUGAGAUGGGAGCCUGGUUCCGGAUCCAAGCACUGGGGGACCGAGCCGGCCGGCGGGGAGCUGCCGGUGCAUCGCCAAUAAAGGGCUGUGGCCCCGAACCUGGGGGUCACCCCCACUGCCCCCGACAGCAGCUUGACCGCUGGCGAUGACGGCGUGUCAGGGGUCCCCCCGCGGAGCUGGAGCACGGGCAGGACACCCCCGUGAAGUGCUCCGCCUGACCCUGAGCCAGGCCCCCGAGUGGGUACAGGGUGUCUGCACAGAAAGACCAGUGUUGUGUCUGUGGGGACGGGGGGGCAGCGCCAAGGCCGCAGUAAAGGCAGCUC